AUGUCACCACACGCAAGUUUUUCCUUCUCUAUUUCUCUCCGUUGGAUUUUUUUCUUCUUAUCCUACCUACUCCACCUCUCUAUCUUUCUCUUUCUAUCUCUCUCGCUCGCGCAAAUGCAUUUUUUUAUUACUGUAAUUUCCCAUGAAGGGGUUCCUGGUACUCUCUCUCUCUCCCCUCUCUCUCUCUCUCUCUCUCUCUCUGGCCUCUCUAUUAGUGCAGCUCCGUUUCCCCCCUUUCCCCUGAAUACUUCAUUGUCUCUUUAUUCGUUCACAUUUCAAUUUCAACGUUCUGUUCUUUGCAUUCUUUCUCUCUCUCUUGUAAUCUUUAAAUCUCACUCUCUCUCUCUCUCUCUCUUCGCUCUCUCUCUCUCUCUCUUUCAAACUCUCACUUCUGGUUUUCCAGCCUUCUCUCAAAGUCUCUUUCUCUCGCAUUCUUUAUAUGCUUUCCUUUCUCAACCUUCCCUCUUGAUAUUCAUUCACUUCUCCACUCCACCUCUCUCACUCUCCAUCUCUCACUCUUUUCAUCUCUCUCACUCAAGUAUUUACCUUCUAAUUUUCUUUCUUUCCUUUCCUUUCUCUCACUUUUUCUUUCUCUCUCUCUCUCUCUCUCUCUCUCUCUGCUUUUCUUUCCCUCCGUUUCUCAUAUUCUCUCUUUUAAAAUAUUUCUGCCUAGUUUACUAUCCUUUCAAAUUCCUUUCUCUUUUUCUCAUUGGCUUCUUUUAUUUCAUUUUUCUCUCUCCACUGAAUAUUCCAUUGUUUACUUUCUUUUUUUUUCUUCUUUCUUCUUUAUUUCUUUUUCAUUCUUCGUCUUUCUUCAAUUUCAUAUCUAAUUAUCUCUCUUAUUUUACUAGUUUCUCUUUUCUUUCUUUUUCUUUAUAUAUUUAUUUAUUGAUUUUACAAUUUUUUUUUUCUCUUUCAACUUCCUGUCUCUACUUCUUAUCUGUUCGUCAGUUUGUCGCUUAUUCUUCUUCCGGUCUUUUUUUACUCUGUUUAUUUUUCCUUCAAAAGUUGUCUCCCUUCUUUUCCAGUUCACUUUUUUCUUCAUUCAUUUUCCGCUUUUCCCUUUCUUCUUCUCCACCCACUCAUUAG